AACUAUGACUGAACCGAGAAGCAUGCCGAGCAAUUAUAUGUAUGAAUCAAUUGGAAUCAAAUUCAAAAAGAAAGAAAAAAGGAUCUUUAUCUUACAAAUCUUACAAGUAUAAAUGAAGAGUGCAAUGAUAAUAUGUAGAACUGCGCGAAUCGGCGAGUUUGCGGCUGCAUAUCGCGUAUGUUACAAGAGAUAUUACACUACGCAGGAGAAUCAACAUACGAUGCAAAAGAAGACAAUCCAUCCAUAUUUCCAAAUCCAUCCGUGGAAGUCGGAAAUCGAGUUUGCUAAUAGUUUGUUGAAAAAUGUUAUUUACAAUGCAGAUGGAAUAGUUGCGAUAAACAAACCGUAUGGUAUAUCUGUAUGGAAUAAAUUCCAGCAAAAUGUAAACCACCCUUUAAAACAAUGUCAUCAUAUAGUAGGAGCAGUAGAUUAUUCUGUAGAGAAUGUUUUGCCAUAUCUUGCAAAGGAACUGGAUGUACCAAACUUGAUACCUUUCUCAGGAUCAGAAAAAUAUAUGAGUGGCGUUUAUAUUUUUGGAAUUAAUACUAACGUAUGCCAAGAUAUAAAAAAAGCAGUAAGACGAGUUGAAGGGGGUAAAUAUAGGAAAUUCUGGGCAAUCACGACCAGAAUUCCGAACGAAAUCGAAGGAAAGUAUCAUCUAGCAAUUUGUUUAAAACAAAAUUUUUCAUUGAAAGAUAAAAAGGUUAUUAUCUUGCCGCAAUGGUCCAAAAACUUAGUGAAGAAGAAUAUAAUUAAAAUCUUUAAUGUAGACUAUAGAGUUAUAUCUAAUUCGACAAACAAUUUGAGUUCCCUAAUAGAAAUGGAAGCAUCUACAAAAGUGUGGCACAGUCUUAGAUUGUUUGCUUCCAUCAUGUUGUAUAGUCCGAUUCUUGGAGAUGAUUAUCAUGGAUCGCGAGUCCAAGAAGUCAUGGGUACAUGGGUAAGAAUUGAUCCGUUUGCUGAAUCUUGUUGGGACAUGCCAAAAAUAAAUAGGCAACUACUAGAAUUGCUAAAUGUAAGGCAAAAUCAGCAAGAAAUUAUUCCAGUUCAUAUCCACUUGAGAAAUGUACGUUUAAUCUCUUUCGGUGAGAAGAGAAAGGAUAUAGUGUUGGAAGCACCUUUAAUUCAUCCUUUUGAUUGGACGUGCAAACAACUUAAAUUUAAGAAUGUACCAUAUGAAGAGAAUAAUGAGGAGAAUAAAGAGAAAAUGGUGAUGAAAGAUCUAAUAUACAAUUAACAUGUGUAAAUGUUAAUCCUCAGUAAGGAUUAUAAUUAUAAUAAAAAAAAAAUUUUGAUGAUAAA